GCCGAGAAAGAGGGAGAAAGACUGGCGAGGAUAGCCUUGAGAAAGAAUAGCCCACCAAGCCACGCCCCUGUUUCCCAGGUAACGGGGUAAACAGACCUCCACCUCCUUUGGCUCUGAGAACUCGCUAGGUGUUGAGUGGUUGGCAGGAAGCCGCGGGUAGCGAAGAUGUGCUCUUUCGCACGAGUGGAGUCCCCCAAAGGAUUGGGGCCCCCGAAGGAAUUGAGAACUUCCCUCGAACCAGGAACAGGUUUCCCCUUAGAGAUGGGUGCCGUAGGAGGAAUGAGGGUGUCUGAAAGGAAAUCUCCCCUAAGCGUGGAGCUCGGUUUAACCCACGGAGGAAAGGACGAUUUAGGAGACAGGAGGGUCUUCAUGGGAACAAAAUCUCCCACGCAGUUGGGGCUCAGAGUGGGAUUAGGAAAAGAAGAUUUCCCAUCGAGGGAGAGCCGUUUGGUCAGUAAUAAAUAUGAGGAAAGGAUGGCAUCAUCAGAAACAAAAUGUCCAUUGAACAAGGGGCUUGAAAUGAGAUUAAAGGGACAGAAUGUUUCUGGGACACUCAUGGAGAGGAGUAAUUUAGGAGUCAACAGGGUCUCAGCCUCACAGGAAACAAAACCUUCUCUGGGUAUGUUGCCAAAUAGAGUGAGUUUAGAAAAUGAGUGUCUUCGGGCAGGGCUUUCUGGGAGGAUAACGCGGCCUCCCUUGGACAUAGUGUGUGCAAGUCCACAGGCUCUAGGGAGCAGGCAAGAUCCUGUGGCUGGUACCCCUCAAGGGUUAGGGGCUUCAGUGGAGAAGCAGCCAGCUUUGGGUGUGGAACCUAGCCAGGAACUGGGAAAAGAGUCCACCUGUGAGGUGAUGAAGCCCAGUGCAGAGAUGAAGCCUUCCGUGGAGGUGGACACUGGGCUGCCCCAACCAGAGGGGUCAGAUGAAAUGAAUACAGAACCCCAAAUGGGCUUGGUGAUAGAACCUCCUGAGUGCCAGUUUGCCCAACAACCUGAAGAUAAAAAGGAGGCUGAAAACACUGAACCAGGAUUGGAACCUCCAGAUCGCAUCAGACCUAUUUACUCUGGGAAAUUUUUUGAUCGAAUGCCUUGCUGGCCAAGCGCAGGGAAAAUUAUUCCAAUUGGAGACCGAGUUGCAACCUGCUUGACUGAAAAACUUCCCAGGCCAAUCACUCCUCCUGAGGUAAAAAAAUUUUUCAACUUCAGAUAUCCGCCUGCUGGAGCUGAGAGAGUAUUUUAUGGAAGAGCAAAUGAUCCUCCAAUUCCAUCUUAUUUGACACAUGGAAUAAAUUCUAAAACUUCAGUACCGGCAAAGGUAUUGAUAAACCCACAGCCUAUUACAACAUUUCAACAGAAAAUUAAAGAUAAAAAGGAAUCAAUAUAUUUUAGUAAUCAACGAGCACCAUUAGGAAAAUCUCAUGAUCAAUCGCCAGGAUUACCAAAAGGCCUGGAUGUACUCAAUACGACAUUUGGGACGACAGUCAUCAGAGAAAUACCUGCUAGCAUUGUGGUGAACCCACCAAAAUCCUAUGAACAAGUAUUUAAAGAAGGACAGGAAGGACACGAUCUGUAUGUUGUUUCUCACAACGACUAUUACGUGGGAGAAGCAAAGAACCGAAAGUAUAACCCAUCCAGUUUCCAUAGGUUUAACCUGUAUGGGGUCCCAACACCACAUUGUAGUGACGGCCGCACCAUGGCAAAAGCUACAUACUGGCUGCACGAACUACAAAUGAAAAGAGGAGCUAAGAUUGUAUCCAAGAGAGUUGAUGAUUUCAAAGAAAAGUUUCAACAUAAGCUUGGACAAGUUUUAGAUCCCAUUGCGGAAACAAGGAAUGUUGCCCCAGACCACACAUUUGGAGCCUGUAUCCAUCCUGAGAACUAUGGCGCUGAUGAUCUCAUCUACAAUAGACUCCCGGGUGAAUAUCGCCGAGGCAAGGACAGGCAGCGAGCCCUGGUUGCAGCAGUUCGUCAUCGCCUGAAGAACGUGAACUACCAAAACUUUGACACUUUGCUGGCAGCCUUCAGGCACUAUGACAAGAAAGGAGAUGGGGUGAUAGAUAAAGCUGAGCUUCGGGAAGCUUGUGGUCAGGCCCACCUGCACUUGGAUGAGAGGCUGUUGGACCUGUUAUUUGACUACUGCGAUGUGGAUAAUGAUGGGCUGAUUAACUACCUGGAAUUUGCAAAUUUUCUUAACUGGAAAGAUAAAAUGCCUCUUAAAGAGUAUGAAGAGAGGGUUAUCAUUAAAGGUAGAAAGCCAGAUUGUUCAAACUCUGCUGAGGCUAAUGUCCAAGAAUCUGAACCAACUCUCCUGAUAAAGCCUGAAGAUAUUGUCUUAAGUGGGAACUCAGAAAAGACCCUCCGGACACUUCUGAGGCCUGGCGAUAAAGUUGCCAGUCACUAUAAGACCUCUUCUUCUGAGAUCAAUGCGGUUGUAGGAGCUGUUCCUUCCAUUUGUUAUCCCAUCCACGGUGUUCCAACCAUUCGGUCUGAUAUUCCUGCCCCCCGAUUUCGCCGCAUCAGCGACAGAACUGAUUAUGGUGAAGAGGGCAAUGCCUAUUCAUUACUACAUCCUAGCAUCUUUGGCCAGAAGGGAGUGUUUGAAAGAGACUUCUUCCAGAGCAGAUCCAAAAAAGAGAUUGCACAGAUACUAUGUAACAUUGGUGUCAAGCUUUCUGAUGAAGAAUUUGAGAAUGUAUGGAAUCUUGCAUCCAAAAAACAUCGCAGAGGGGAAGUUUGUAUUGAGAACAUCAGAAAUGCCCUCGAUGAGCUGCAACAUGCAGACUGGAUCAAGCGUAAAACAACCAUGUGAUAUUUUUGGAGUUUAUUCACUUAAAUAAAAGAAUUGUUAAAUCUGUGUUCAUAUAAAAUGUUCAUUCCAUUCCAGUUUUAGCUCUUAUGUUAUCAGUAAUCACUGUGACAGGGCACAUACACCUGUAUGUGUUGCUAAUAAGUUAGAUUUCGGAUUUUUAAAUUUAUUUUAUUUUAUUUAGCACCAAAGAACUUGACAAGUGCUUCAUGAAAGCCAUGGUUUGGAAUGACAUUAGAAGUUCGUUAUGUUUAGUAUAACUAAGAAUUCAUUGCAUUUUAGUUGGUUGUCUGAAGGUCUGGUCUGUGAUGCCAGGUUCACAGAAAUUUCGCCUUCCACAUUCUGUUCAUUUUCUUUUUGGGCGUCACUAUAAAAAUGUAAGCUUAGUGGACUUUUAGUUUCUUUGAGCAUCUGAGGAAACGGACUUAAUCACAAGGAGCAGAACUUAGCAAAAACUUGAGUUCCAGCAAUGACAUCAUGACCAUCGGUUUUUAGUAUCUUUCUAUGGCCUGAAAAUCAUGUUGUCCUUGAAGAAACCGAAGAGGACACAGCUGACCCACCAUUUAGAUGUAGCUUUAGAGAGUGUUUAGUAGCAAACUGUACUGAGUCACUCCAUCCCUCAUGCCUCAGUUCUUUGGUAUACACAGGCAGUGCCCAGCCUGGAUGACGUGGGGAUGGGGAGGUGUGUGACCCCGGCACAGCGGGAUUUUUCUGUAUUGUGGGUGAAAUCCACGCCUGAAGCUUUAUCAGUAGUAUAACCUGGCUAAUUCAAUGAUCAAUAAUGUGAAUUCUAUCAGUAUUUCUCUGUGAUAGACCUUAGCCUUUUGUUGCUUGUUGUCUGUUAGUAUGCAAAAGUAUUGUUUAACGUAGACAUUGUGGUUAUACUGUAGUUUGCCAUCACUUAAAGAGAACUAAGUAAGGUUUAAAAACUUGCUGUACCCAGUCUCUAGAAAAAUAAUUUUAUAAUAGAUUUAUGAUAUAGGGAAUUUAUACAUAUGUUAAAAAUUUUAACUUUUUAUUUUGAAAUGAUCUCAGACUUACAGCAGAUUUGCAAAGGUAGCACAGAGAGUUACCCAGGGCUGUGCUGGAGCCUGCCACUCGCAGGCCAGCAGUUCUUGUCAGCCCUGCAUCUAGUGACACCACCUUGAUAGCUUGAAAGUAACUAUAUGGGAGUAUUUACACUAAGGAACCAAAGUUAUAGAUUAGGGAUUUCCCCUAAAAGAGCCCGUUGUUAAACAUUUACAAGCAUAUAUAGGUCUGUGUGUCUGUCCAUCCAUCCAUCCAUCCCUCUAUUCACUAACAAAGACAGAUUCAUUGACCAAACUUUAAUCAGGCUCCUAUGAGCCCUCUUUUCAACUAGGAUUUGACCUUGGACUUCUGUGUUUGUCCUUAUUGGGUCUACAUUACCCAGUUUUUGAAAGAAUCCUCCUAAGUCUAGAGAAAAUCCUCUCACCCUUGAUAUCUGACUCCCCUCCCCUCCACCAUGUCCUAUCAAAUAGCUCAUCCCUCAUCUUUUAUAUAUGAAACCUUGACUUGCCUUUAACAGGAACACCUGUUAAGUUGUGUAGCAAGAACACCCCCCCACCC